GACAAUUUAUUGUAGAUAUGGUAAAGUACUGUUACCUUACUUGAGCUACUGAAAAUAUAAACUGGUGUAUACGUGGAUAUUUAAAAUGGAAAAAACUCGGUGUGUGGACAAAAUCACAGGGGGUCCUGUGCAGGAUAACGGAAGAAUUCUAAGUACGGACAAUAAAGCUAUUAUGUGGCCGAGUGAACGCAUUGCCCAAGGAGGAAUGUUUCACAGUCCUAAAAUAGAGUACAGCAAAGAAACUGCAGAUUUAUUGAAAGCACUUAUGGCUGAGUCUAAAAUGUCAAUGUUGAUGCGGAAAAAGAUCAACUAUCACUUACGAAAUGGAGAGCCAUUGCCAAAACCUGAGCCUCCACCUAUAAACACAAAAGAUCCAGAAGCUGGUGCGCUUGAUAUUCUGCAACGUGCUCAUCUUGCUAAACGAAAGAGUCUUGAACAGAUUUUAGCUAGUGACGCCUACAAGCUACCCUCUUACCGUCCGAGGCCAACGAAUAGGAUGCCAACAGAAAAAGAGAAGAAACUACUGCAAGAGGCCAUGUCUGGUAUGCGCCUUGCAGAAACGUCGUUGAAGGCAAAACGCAAGCCACGAGUCAGAACGGACUCCCACGCCACAGAAGAAAAUAUAAUUGAUGAACUUUUAGAUCAGAUUAAUGAACGCGCAAGCUGGUUGGCUGAAAUGGAAGAAUUAGGUGAAGGCAAGCGCUUCAGGAAUGAGGUUCGUGAGCAAAUAGCUGAACGACUUCGCCAUAUAAAGGCGCUCGAAACGAAAAUUCAAAUUAAAAAGAGUGGUAUUCGGUUCGUGGAGUAAAGGUGCAAAUAUUAAUUUUGUACACAAAAUUAAUAUACUAAAUGAAUAUAAAUUAA